AUGGAUCUUGCAGUCUUGGAAAAUUCGGAAAGGGCUGACAGGUGGGAUAAAGGCAUCAAGAUCGGAGAGGGAACCUUUGCCAAUGUAUAUAAAGGUAAAGAGAAGAGUACCGGACGGAAGAUUGCUAUCAAAAAGAUCAAAGUCGGAGAAAUGAGACACGGGCUGGAUGUGACCGCUCUGCGGGAAGUCAAGUUCCUGCAAGAAUUGAAACACCCCAACAUUAUUGCUCUUCUCGAUGUCUUUUCAGUCAAACAGAACGUCAAUCUGGUCUUAGAGUUUCUUGAUACCGACCUCGAAGCUGUCAUUCGAGAUACGGCAUUGAUUUUCCAGAAUGCUGACAUCAAAAGCUGGAUGGUGAUGUCGUUGAGGGGACUAGAAUAUAUCCACCGCAAUGGUGUACUCCAUCGAGAUUUGAAGCCCAACAACUUGCUGAUUGCGGCCAGCGGGGAGCUGAAGAUAGCAGAUUUCGGCUUGGCACGCGAAUUUGCAGAUGCUGGUAGUAAGAUGACAUGUCAAGUCAUAACCAGGUGGUACCGCCCCCCCGAGCUUCUGUUUGGCUCGCGCCAUUACUCACCCGCGGUGGACAUAUGGUCAAUGGGCACAAUAUUUGUCGAGUUGGUGUUACGCACUCCCUUCUUGGCCGGGGAGACCGAUAUAGACCAACUGAAGAAAACUUUCCACGCCAUGGGGACACCGUCGGAGCAAGAAUGGCCAGGUUACACCAGACUCCCAGAUUACCACGAUGUUGGCUCUUUCCCAAAGAACCAGUGGUGGGGCCUGAUUGCUUCCAUCGGCAAAGACGGCCAAGAUUUGGCACGGGAUCUGCUCAAAUUUGAUCCUCGACUACGCCCCUCCGCAAAGAUUGCAUUAAACCAUUCGUUCUUCGGCUCUUAUCCAGUUCCUACUCCACCUGCGCUCCUUCCCAAGCCUCUUGCCGAGCUUCGUGCCAGGCCUCUGGCGCCUGAUGAACUCAAUGGAAAGCCGUUGACCGAUUCCAACCAGGGACUGAAGCGUAAGGCAGAAACUCCUGUAGGAGACAGCGUAUCGCGAAAACUUGUCUUCGCCUGA